GAAUCGAAUGAUUAGGUAACAACUUGAAAGUACUUAGUUACCUGGACGGCAAUAGGGACUGGUAGCGAGUCUCUUGUGUCUGCCCAAAAGUUAGCCUGUAGGAAUGCAGCAUACAACCACUGCCACCAGCCCCGAACGCGCGCCAUCGUCGCCUCAGCUAUCAUAAAACUAUUUGUACAAAGAGCACGCUGGGUCGCUCGAAUCGCUUGUUCCCAGCGCAUGAAUACCGACUAAGGUUAGGUACUCCAACAGCAUGUGAGAACCUACCCUUCCUCACACCUCUACAUACGUCGAAUGAGGCCGAGCUAUGAACAAUGAUUCCUCCCCGACCUUGCCGGCGGACCGUCCUUUGCUUCCCAACCAGCACCACGGGGGCGACACCAACAUUCACCAGAGCAGUACCCAGUCCCCCGAGCCCGAGCGUCGACAAAAUGAUUCCUCCAGUCCGCAGAGCCUAUCCCUCUCACCAUCGGCGAAGGAAGGCCUUACUAAGAAGUUGGAUUUCCUAACACAUCUGUCUCUCAACUUGGACACCUUGGUGUAUGCUGAGUUGUGUAUAUUGUACUAUAUGGACUGCUCCUUUUUCCGUUUACUCUUACGAUGGAUGGCGCAAACGCUGUUUGCCAGCCCCAAGACCGAAGAUACCGUUCUGAUCGUGCCUAACUAUCACGUUUCUGCCAUUGUCGCGCCCAAUCUUCUAUGCAUGUUCCUACAUUUAAUAUCUUCGCCUCUCCAGGCUGGAGAAGCGUCACGGGGUUACCUACAUGGCGGCAUCCUUGUUGAUUUCAUUGGGCAAACGGCACCAUCCUCACGGUUCACCUUGAUCGUGCUUGACGUGGUUAUCCUGGUGAUCCAGUGUUUCAUGCUCACAGUGAAUAUAGAGAAGGAGAGGAUUAGAGCCGUGAUAAAACCACCACGAGCCAACGCGAACACAGGCGGUGUUGUCGCCGUGCCAGUUACAGGCCAAGAUCACGAUUCGGAAGAACGUGGGGUUGUCAGAGAUGCCCCUGAAAUGGAUGAAGUAAAUGAGACGGCCAACGUUGAAAUGCGUCCUCUGGGAGACCAUACUGGCGGUGGGAUUAGCGAUAGUGAACCUGCAGGCAGAGAAGGAGUUAGAUUCCUUAGGCAGUCAGGGGUCCGGCGCCACGGUCGUCUUGAUGGAUUCACGGAUGUUUUGUGGUCGGGAAAUGCUAUCAUCGGGAAUUUUCACAUUCCUCGGUCUCUGCGGAAUGCUUGGCAUAGCACGGGAAAUACCCCGGAAAGCGCAGCUGCCUAUGCCUUACAGAAUGUCGGAUAUAAUGCGACGCUUGCCGCAUUGGCAGCUCAAAGAAGAGCGAGAUUGAGCGCAGCACAGCCAAGGCAAUCGUGACACUACUAGGAGGAUUGUUGUACAAAAUUAUAGGAUAUUGUAUGGUUAACUACGCGACCUUUCUGCUCACAUUUCCUAGACCCGAACCUUUAACGCCGAUGAUAAUGUCGUCUGUGUCAU